CCGGAGGUCAAUGGGGCUUGGUUUUUUUAUAGAUUUUUUAUUUGUUUCUGGCUUCAUGACAUGUCAUUAUCAUGCACGGACCUGGAAUUACGUGGAACAGGCGUUUAAAGAUGAUGGCGUUACUGAUAAAUUGGGAAUUUGUAAUAUUGACAUUAGCCCAUCUUAACAAAGACGUUACAACUCGAUCAAAUGAGUCGCUCAAAGCACAGCAGUCUCCCGCGGACUUGGAGAGGCUGUAUUUGAGAGCCGCUGACGCUCACGAAGUUGACUGUGAACGGUAUGUCAACACUUCAGCGUUUUCAAGUGAUCCAGCGGACGACGCGACGAUCCAAUCCACUUUCAAAUGCCGUGCAUGUGAGGACCGCAGUCUGGUUAAUAAUGCGGACCAAAACGGAGCGAAUCCCUCGCAAAAUGGCGAAUUUGAGGAGAUUCUCAGAGGACCUGUGACUUGGCGAUUCUUGAGAGAUCAACAGAAUUCGAAUGGAGUCGUGGUGUCUGACGACUCUCGGCCUGUGUUCACUUGCGGCAAGAAACGCCUUUGGAUCAAGUUUUCCACGACGCGGCAUUCAAAUCCACGCUUGAUUAUCAAGACUGAAUGGGCAGAUUCACACACACAAAAGCAGUGCCGAUGCAUCCGAAGGAAUCAUGGGCCAUCAAUGCUGCUGAGGAUCUACUUCAAAGACUGCUAUGCUUCAAAUUGGACUCGAGAUGGAAGGAUGUACUACUCUUUAGGAGUACUUUACUUUGAUCACCUUCAAAAGAAGAGUUUCUCUGGCAUUGCCACCUGUCAUGCUGCCAUCCUGCCACAUGAUGCACCUUCUACAGAAGAAUCACCUGAAGUUAUCUGUGGAAAGCCAUUUGUGAUCGUAAAAUUACCAGCCAAGAGGAUUAAAAGUGUUAAAGUUUUGGGUAUGUCCAGGCAAUUGCCUCGUGCAGUCCUUUGGAAAAGUCACCAUACUGUGUUAGUCAAAUUGAAACGCUCUGCAGUCGAGACAUUUAAAAAGGACAUCAGAAAACGAAGACAAGACCCUUUUGAUUUUAUUCGGGAAUAUGAUUCAAUACCUACUGUUGGGGCAGAUUUUGGUCUUUUGGACUUUGUCAAACCCACUGUUCCAUGUGGAGAAUUUGAAGAAACCCCUAAAACUACCCAAAGAACACUUUCAUCAAGUAAAACGUACACACCUGUUAUGACGACUGCUGGAGCAACAACCUUACCUGAAACCAUGCCUUAUUUAACAUCUGCUGCUGGAACCACAAUAGCUCUGAAAACUACUUCUACUGAAACUACUUUUCCAGACAUCACGUCCAUAGAAACUACUUCUCCGAGAACUAAUACUGCUGAAAUAAUGCCCUCCAUUAGUUCAACAGUAAAUAUUUUAGGAGCAUCCACAAAUGUAAUGACAAUCUCAUCUGAGCCAACACCUGCCGUAAUGUUUGCGGUUGAAACCGCAAUGGCUAAAACUACCACAGAGACUAAUACCCUUGCCACAACUGCUGAAGAAACUACUAACCUUGGCAUCACUUCUGAAGAAACUACUACCACUUCUGUAGAAAGCACAACCCUUGGCACAACUUCUGCAGAAACUACUACGACUUCUGAAGAAAGAACAACCCUGGAAACCACUGCUGUGGAAACUACUACCCUUGGCUCCACUUCUGCAGCAAGUACCUCACUUGGCACCUCUUCUGUCGAAAGUACAACCUUCAACAGAAAUAUUGGAAACAUCCACACUUGGAACAACCGCAACUACGCCUGCCUCAACAUCUCCAGCUGA